GCCAGAUUGAAUCAGAAUGGUGGGGUUCAAGGCUCUCUUAAAGUUACGGUGCAUACACUGCGUACAGGAUUGUCUCCUAAUUAGUGAAAUGCAUACGAUAGCAAAAAUUCUUCAAGGCGCUCAUUCAAAGCUUGAUCAUUCAGUAUGUUCAUCCUACCUCCUAUUACUUGGACGCUUGUCCACAUUCUCGUGGAGGUGAGCGAAAGUACUAAGUUCUUAGAUCACAAAGGUAUAUAUCUUUGUCGUUCCGUCCCAUCGAAAUCUAGAAGAUGUAGGCAGCAAUACAUACAGCAUGUAAUCUAGCUCUAAGGUGAUUUGGGAAGCGUGGGAUCUCAGAUAUUGAUGUAAGGUUUUGAGAAUUCGGGACAUUGUACUGGCAGGUUAGUAUGUAUAGAAUCACCC